AUGGCACGUCCGGCCAACUUAGUAGCACCUGGGCUUUCAAUCCUUCGUGUUCAUCUCAUUUUCUUGUUUUCUAUGAGCAAACUCAGCUUGCAACCUGAGAUUUAUCUCAGUUAUAGUAUGGGAAAUGAGAAUGAUCGUAUUUCACUUUUGGAGUUCAGAGCCAAGAUAGCCCAUCCACGUGGAAUUUUGAGCUCAUGGAACGAUUCUGUCCACUUCUGCAAAUGGCAAGGGUUUACUUGUGGUUCGAAACACCGUAGAGUUACGUCUCUAAACCUGCAGGGGCUGAGCUUGUCAGGGACCACAUUUCCAUAUACAGGGAACCUCACCCUCUUAGGGUUCCUCAACCUUGCUGACAACAGAUUUUAUGCGGAAAUUCCCCAAGAAGUUGGCCGUCUGUUUCGUCUAAGGUAUCUCAACCUGUCGGACAACACAUUGGGAAGAGAAAUUCCAAUCAACAUCACCUUUUGUUCAGAGCUCAGGAUUAUGAGUUUGGCCUUUAAUGGCUUAGUGGGGAAAAUUCCUGCUGAGCUAGGGUCUUCAAAGAAGCUUGUGACACUUUUCCUCACUUCAAACAACCUCACGGGAAAGAUCCCACAUACUGUUGGAAACCUUUCGUCCCUUCAACGUUUCUCUGUAUCAUUUAAUCAUAUAGAAGGAAAUAUUCCAAAUGAAUUGGGGCAAAUAACAAGCUUAAUCGUGCUCGCGAUGGGACCCAAUAAUCUGGUUGGUUCAAUUCCUUCUAACCUCAACAAUAUCUCAUCCAUCGCUGAGCUCUCUGUUCCACAGAAUCAAUUGCAUGGAAGGCUCCCAGCAAAUAUAGGGCUUACUCUUCCUAACCUGCAAAUUUUUGAAAUCGGCGGAAACAAUUUCCAUGGAAGCAUUCCAAUUUCGUUGACAAAUGCUUCUAUGCAGCUUGAAAUACUUGACAUCUCUUACAACAGUUUCAGAGGACAAGUACCAAUCAAUGUGGGAGAUUUGAACGGUCUCCAAUUUCUGAACUUGGAACACAAUUUUCUGGGCAAUAAUUCAAGUAAGGAUUUGGCUUUCUUUACAUCUUUGUCAAACUGCAGCAAUCUCGAAAAUCUAUAUCUUGCUGAAAAUAAUUUUGGUGGUGUAUUACCUUGCACUAUAGUAAAUAUGUCUACCCUUGUCGAUGUAACUUUAGGAACAAACCAAAUGUUCGGUAGAAUUCCAGUAGACAUUGGGAAUCUUGUCAAUCUGUAUGGAUUAGGCAUGGAACAAAACCUUUUCUCUGGCAACAUUCCCAUUUCUUUGGGGAAGCUUCAAAAGCUGCAAUCAUUGAAUUUGCAUACAAACAUGUUGUCAGGACAAAUCUCUCCAUCCCUCGGUAUCCCAGAAUUGCAGCUACCAGCAUGCCUCAUCAAGCGAAAGAAACACAAAAAGUCUCCUAUUGCCAUUAUCCUUGCAACAAUCAUCAGUUCAAUUGUCCUUUUCAUGGUGAUAACAUCUUUAAGGGUUUUUUUAGAAAUGUGGUUGCAUCCAAAUGAAGAUGGUAGUAGCCAGCCAAGGAAUUUAAACCUUCUUCAAAGGCUUCGGGUUGCCAUUGAUUUGUCAUCUGAAUUGCAUUACCUUCAUGACCUUUGUGAAACACCAAUCAUUCACUGCGACCUGAAGCCAAGCAAUAUUCUGCUUGACAAUGACAUAACUGCUCAUGUUGGAGAUUUCGGAUUAGCAAGGCUUCUUUCCAAAACCUCAAGCAACUCUUCUCAAGAGCAAACAAGCUCCAUUGGGAUAAGGGGAACAAUCGGCUAUAUGCCUCCAGAAUAUGGAAUAGGUGGCGAGCCAAUAACAUAUGGGGAUGUGUAUAGCUUUGGAAUAAUUUUGUUGGAGAUAUUCACUGGACGGAGACCAAUUGAUGAAGUGUUCAGAGAUGGUUUGAAUCUCCGCAACUUUGUUAGGUCUAAGCUACCGGGACAAGUAAUGCAGGUUCUCGAUCCCAAGCUUAUUGCAACGGGAGAAGUGGGAGCAGAAGAAUUUGUUGAAGACAAUGAGAGUGAUGAUGGUCAAACAGAAAUCCGAGAAAAUAAUGUCAAUAUGGAAAAUAUGAAAUUACAAGGAAGCAAUGUGCAAAAAUGUGUUGUAUCAGUCCUCAAAAUAGGAGUUGCAUGCUCGGCAGAACUACCAGGAGAUCGAAUGAAUAUGAUCGAUGUCACAAGAAAAUUAAACAUUAUCUCAGAGGCUUUCCUUCGUGCAAGGACUCACAGAGAACGACAAAUCGUAAACCACCAUUAGGUAUGAGUUUUUUUUUUUU